AUGUCUGUAUAUCAGAGCAAUAUUACAAAAAAUAAGAUUGAUCUUAAACAGGCGCAGUACAAAGACAUUGACAAACGAUAUUUUGAUCAGCUAAUCCAGCUCAAGACAACUGAGAUGGCAAACAAGGACCUAGACAGAUAUUACAAUGCACUUGACAAGUGA